AUGUCUGGAGCCGUAGUAGAUAGCCCGGCGGCGCUUCCCGCUGCUCCUGCUAUUAAGAAGAAGCCAGUUUCCUUUAGCAAUUUGUUACUUGGUGCCGGAUUAAACAUGUUCGAAGUUACAACACUGGGUCAGCCCUUAGAAGUUAUCAAGACGCACAUGGCCGCCAACAGAGGAGAUUCGCUGCCCAGUGCUAUUCCCAAAAUCUGGGCUAGAGGUGGUGUCUUUGGUUUCUACCAAGGUUUAAUACCAUGGGCCUGGAUUGAAGCCUCUACCAAGGGUGCCGUUCUUUUAUUCGUUUCCUCUGAAGCUGAAUAUUACGCUCGCGCCGCUGGCGCCGCACCUUUCCUUUCAGGUAUCACCGGUGGUGUCAUCGGUGGUGUCGCACAAGCUUAUGCCACCAUGGGUUUCUGCACCUGCAUGAAGACUGUCGAGAUCACCCGUCACAAGCAAGCUUCCACCGGCGCAAAGCCACAGUCCUCCAUGGCUGUCUUCAUGGACAUCUACCGUCGCGAAGGUAUCCGCGGUAUCAACAAAGGUGUCAAUGCCGUUGCUAUCAGACAGAUGACGAACUGGGGUAGCAGAUUCGGGUUGAGCCGUUUGGCAGAGCAAGGGAUCAGGGACUUCACCGGCAAGGGCGAAAGGGAUGCUUUGACGGCGGUUGAGAAAAUUGCGGCAUCGGCCAUCGGUGGUGGCUUGAGUGCAUGGAAUCAGCCCAUUGAGGUUAUCAGAGUGGAGAUGCAGAGCAAGACCGUUGAUCCGAACCGGCCUAAGAACUUGACUGUGGUCAAGGCUUUCAACUACAUCUACCAAAACAACGGCCUAAAGGGUUUGUACCGGGGUGUCACUCCCAGAAUAGGUCUCGGUAUCUGGCAGACAGUUUGCAUGGUUGGCCUCGGUGAUAUGGCCAAGGAAGCCGUCGAAAAGCUCACCGGCGAGAAGGUUACAGCGAAGCACUAA